AUGAAUCAUAAAGUUUAUUAUGUGGUUGCAUCCGCUCUUAUCGCGAUUACGUUACAAACCACAGAUUUCCAGGACAAUCUUAUAAAUGGCUACAGAACUCUUAUAGCCGACAUACAAUCAAGGACCCAAAAAUCCCGAGAGGACAUGGACACAUUAGUGUCACAAAUAAAACUUUUAAUGAAAAAUGAAGCUGACAAAGCUAUUAAUUACAUGACUGUCUACCUCGAACAAAUAUCCCUAUACUUCCAGGUAAUAAUUCAUGACCGUAAACCUCGGAACGGCACUUAUUGCAAAGAGAGCAUUGUGAAACUGUUGGGAGAGAAUUUGCAGUUGGCAGAUGAAAAUGUAACAUUAUGUCUUGCAUUGGGAUACCAGAGAGUACAACGUUUGCCAGAAAAGUUACAAGUACACUUCGAAACUUUGGAAAACCUCAAGAAAUAUUCUGCCUCAAAAUUAUUCGAAUGUCAGAAACAACAACAAGUGGGCGGCAACUGCUCUCACGAGAGCCAAGAUCUUGAAAGGACUGUGUUCCUUUAUGAAACAUCUCCUUUUCCCGUGGUUAUGGCUGAAAUAGCAAUACAUGGAUUUAAAGAGGUGUCAGAUCUUAGUGUGUGUCUAAAAGAUAUUAUCUCCAGAAUGAUGACGCAUUCAGUAAAAGUAAUUGGAGAUUUCAACAGAUGCAUCCACAAUAUAGAAAUGCCAAAACUUAAAUAUUUAUUGAAAUUCAUGAAGAAAUACGCUUAA